UCGGAUGAGCCGUAAGUAGCUACCUAGGAUACAAGCAAGAAACACAGCCAUUCACCUCACGAAAAGAUCCUUUCACGUCCCACGAAAUUAGAGCAUGAUCGAGCGCUGUUUUCUUCUCUCUUUUAGGGAGAAGAAAACAAGGAGAGUAGUGGCGCUGACUGAGAAGAUGGUGGUGGAAGGAGGUGCUGGAGACGGUGAAUGGGAGGGACGGUGGAAUCAUAUCCAAAAGUUCCUGGAGAGACCAGGGCCCUUCACGCACCCAGACUUCGAAGCCAGCAGUGAGUCAUUGCAGUUUAUGUUAGAAACCUGCAAAGUGCUCAUCAUUGGAGCAGGUGGCCUGGGCUGUGAGCUCCUCAAGGAUGUGGCUUUGUCAGGGUUUCACAACAUCCAUGUUGUUGACAUGGACACAAUUGACCUAUCCAACCUCAACAGACAGUUUCUGUUCAGGCUUAAAGAUGUUGGGCAACCAAAGGCCGAAGUUGCAGCCGAUUUCAUCAACACUAGAAUUCCUGGAUGCUGUGUGGUCCCACAUUUUAAGAAAAUUCAAGACUUUGAUGAAACAUUUUAUCGACAAUUCCACAUCAUUGUCUGUGGGCUUGACUCUGUGAUUGCCCGGAGAUGGAUGAAUGGUAUGCUGCUCUCUCUGCUGGUGUAUGAGGACGGCGUAGUGGAUCCUAGUUCCAUCAUUCCUCUAAUCGAUGGUGGGACAGAAGGCUUCAAAGGCAACGCCCGGGUCAUUCUGCCUGGCAUCACCGCCUGCAUAGACUGUACUCUGGAGCUGUACCCUCCUCAGAUAAAUUUUCCAAUGUGCACGAUAGCAUCCAUGCCCCGACUUCCAGAACAUUGCGUUGAGUAUGUUCGCAUGCUACUAUGGCCCAAAGACAAACCCUUUGGAGACACUGUGGGUCUCGAUGGCGAUGACCCAGAGCACAUCAAGUGGGUGUACCAGAGGUCAUUAGAGAGGGCAGCGGAGUUCAGCAUUACAGGAGUCACAUACAGACUCACCCAGGGUGUGGUAAAACGGAUAAUUCCGGCCGUAGCUUCCACAAAUGCUGUUAUUGCAGCUGCCUGUGCAACCGAAGUUUUCAAAAUAGCAUCAAGUGCCUAUGCUCCUCUCAACAACUACAUGGUAUUCAAUGAUGUCGACGGCCUGUACACCUACACAUUUGAGGCAGAACGAAAGGACAACUGUUCGGCAUGCAGCCAAGUACCGCUGGACAUGCGCUUCUCAUCGUCCUCCACACUGCAGGAGGUCCUGGACUACCUGACGGAGAGUUCCUAUCUACAAAUGAAGUCACCAGCUAUAACUGCAUCAGUAGAAGGGAAGAACAAAACGUUGUAUUUACAGACCGUGGCUUCAAUCGAACAAAGGACGCGGCCAAAUCUGUCAAAAUCACUGAAGGAGCUUGGACUUGCAGAUGGACAGGAGCUGGCUGUAGCUGAUGUCACAACCCCUCAGACCAUGCUGUUCAGACUUAGCUUUACCUCAUAAGCCAAGCUCUGACACUCUCACAUUUCACUAAAUACACAGAGGUCAGGUGGUCAGGGAACCAGACAUGACUCCACAUGAACCAUAUCUGUUAUGAAAUGGCAGAAGUUCAGUUUACACCUCAUCCACACGGUACAUUUUCAAUUAUUUGUCAUUGCUUUGCUAUGAUCUCUCACCAGAUCCAUAUUUUGCACUCAACUUACCAAAUGACGUCCACACGUCCCUGUUUUGGUGAUGCAAUGUCUUUUAAAUGUUUAGUAUAGUAGCGUGUAAUUUACACACCUAAGCCUCAAAAACCGCAUAGGGCAAACCGUGAAAAAGGAUGACUUAGUGACAUUCAUGUUUAUUUAUUCAGUCUUUUUUUUCAGUUACAAUGCACUUGCCCAGAUUGAUGAUAUUGAACUGGAAUAAAUUAGUUUUUCAUACAAAGGACUGUUUGUGUAUUCGUAACAAGGAGUAGACAGUAUAGAGGUGAACAUGAAAGUAAUAUUAAUUUAUAGUAGUUAAAGUAUACCCCUUUUGCAUCGAAAGUUGGAAUGCAGAAUAAAUGCAGUGAAGACGUUUUCUACUAGUAUGAGUAUAUAGUACGAGUAUAUAUCUUUUAUUUGUCAAGCAACAUGGCAAGCCUCAGUCAACUAAACAAAUGGAAAUAUAGAACAAGUGACAGCUGGUUAUUGUCGGUUUCCCCCUAUUAAAUGUAAUACAGUGAACCUAUGUGUUGUGCUGACACCAAGUGGGAUCUUCGGAAAAUGUUAUGCCUUCUCCUAACUGAUUUGAUUAAAUUCAGGUCGUUGUUAACGCGACAGAUUGGACUUUUGAAGCAAUCUAUGAUACGUGGACGAUAAUUAAAAAAUAUACGUUGAAAUGGUAUUUGCACAAUGAUUUUUU